ACAGGCCGGCCACGUGGCGCCGUCGCGAAGAGGGCGCCCCAACCUGUUUGAUUGGAGAAUUUUGUUGGAAAAUGAAUGAAACUAAUAUGAAAGGAAAGGAAAGCUCUACAUUCUUGUUUUUGUAUUGACAUGACUGAAGGAAGAUCAAGAACGCUCUCCAUGGAGGUCAGGACCAGACUGAGUUUAGUCUUAGAUGGCUACGUAAAUUUGUAGUGUUAUUUUAGUUCAUGAACUAGAAAUGUAGGAGCCUGGAGGGCCCUCUUUGAAAUGGAGGUCUAGAUCAUCAUGAAGCUGUGACAAAAACAAACUGAAGAUGGCUGGUAGUGAUACUGUCAGGAGCAAGCUACUGUGUCUUCUUCUGCUGUACUUUGUGCAAGGAAUUCCGUAUGGCUUUCAGGCUCGUUUCCUGCCACUCUUCCUGCGGUCGCGGGGCACGUCUCUCACCAACCUUGGUCUCUUCAAGAUCCUGCUCCUUCCCUGGAUGCUGAAGGUCAUCUGGGCCCCGCUCCUGGAACGCCAUGCCUCUCAACGGACCAACUUGAUCUGUAGCCUGGUGGCCAUGGCGACCGUCUGCGCCCUCACCUCCUGCAUCUCGCCAGACCAGACGGCGUUACUGUGCACCGCCAUUUUCUUUUUGAACCUGUCCGCGUCGACGCAAGAUAUUGCCGUGGAUGCUAUAGCCAUGCAGAUCCUCGGCGAGUCGGAACUGGGAGCCGGCAACACCGUUCAGGUGGUCGGCUACAAGGUUGGGUCCAUUGUAGGUGGAGGGGUGCUGAUCUGGCUCAUCGCCUACACGGAGUGGAGCGGACUGUUCGUUCUCCUUGCUGCACUCUACGCCGUGACACUCGUCACGGUGAUGCAGCUAGGGGUACUCAAACAGUGCAAUAAAAUUGACAAGGGAUGCUGCGCUGCAAACGGGAACAGUGUCCAUCGCGACAAUGGCAUGGGACCUUUGCAACAGAGCGAUUCCAAGUUACAGUCGAUCUCCUCGCUUGUGAGGGAUAUCGUUAAUACCCCUCACACAAAGUGGAUGAUGAUGUUUGCACUCUUCUAUAAACUUGGUGAGCAAGGUGCCGUGGGCAUGUUUCCCCUCUACCUGGUAGACCAUGGAAUACCAGUCAGCGAGGUGGGGUUCCUGACUGGGGUCAUAAGUCAAGGGUUAUCCAUUACAGGGUCGUUGGCAGGCGGCUGGAUGCUGUCCAACUCAAAGCUAAGACUAACGCCUGCCUACCUCCUCCCAUAUCUGAUGAAGCUGCGACUAGUUCCCUUAGUGCUUCAGACAGCAGUAAUAGCUGGCAAUUUCUCGGACACAAGUGUUCCUCUCUAUGGUCUCUGUGCACUGGCCAUGUGCUUUUUACAACUGAUAGGGGGCGCCAUCACCACGUGUACCUUCACAUUGAUGAUGCAGUGCUCCCAGCAUGCACCGCUGCGCAUCCAGGCAACCCACUACACGGCCCUGGUGACCUUAGAAGUGAUGGGCAAGCUGACUUUCAUGUCUGUGGCCGGCUGGUUUGUGGACCUGCUCGGAUACAGCUCGAUGUUCUGUCUGUUUGUUGUUCUGUCUGUCGGUAUUCUUGCAAUGUUUAGACCAGGGUCUAAAAGUAAGCCUUUAUGAAAACUGAUGCGUGUAUCUUAUUUGGAAAGGAUCCGUUUGUCAAAGCAAUGUGUGUGUAUACUUGCCUUUUUGCAAAAUGAGCAAUUUGCCUUUAAAAUGAAAUAUUUAUUUGUGUACUAUUGUCAAUUGUUGUACCUCUCAAUAAUAAGGGUUCAAAGACAGUUUUAUUUAUUCAAUUUAUAUUUUUUUUUUGGAGAAGAUAUUUAGUUUUAAUACCAUUAUUUCUGUAGAGAAGUAUUUUAAUGGAUACAAUUUUUUUCAUUCAACAGUUUGUUUUUCCAGCACUUAAAGCUCAUACAAGCUGGUAAAUCCUUGGGAAAGUGCUUUUGAAAACCGUUAACCAUUUUGUUUUGUUACAUACUUUUCAUGCACAAGAGGGUUUUCUCAUCUCUUCUAUUUACAUUUUUGUAGAAAGAUGUACUGGUACCAAGAUUCCAGUAUAAGUGGGUGUAUUACUACAAACAGUUUCUGAAAAUAUAUCGAGUGUGUUUAAAACAUAUCAUCUAAUGUAGUAACUCAGGCCUUUCAUGUAAGUUAUAACAGUGGGCUGUACUUUUCAAUCUGUGGAAUUUAGAGCAAAGUGCAGGUGGUAUUAAAAAGUUGUAUGCCUAUUUUUUUGGCACAAAGAUUUUAUCAUUUUAUUG